AUGUUUUUGGAAGAUAAAGAUGCCGAAAAUUUACCAAAUUGUAACAUUUGUUUAGGAUCUACGGAUUCUGAUUAUCAGGCAAAAAUUAUCUUUUUAUUUUACAGGAUUUAUAAUUUGAUUGUCAGUGGAACUGUAUUAGCAUUGAUUGGUAUUGUUGGUCUUGUUGGCAAUCUCUUAAUAAUUUUUGUAUAUUCACAACCCGAACAACGUUCACAUUCAAUAGCCGUUUAUUUAAGGGCUUUAGCAAUUUCUGAUUUUCUUAUGACUUGUACAGCAAUGUUUUUAUUUGUUUUGGAAGCUUGGAGACAUCAUGGGCCUAUCUCUUUGGCCUUUGCAUAUGGCCGUGGAGCUCCUUUUUUCUUCCCCUUAGCAUCAACUUUCCAAACAACUUCUGUUUAUUUUUGUGUCGGUGCAGCUGUAGAUUUAUUUGUUAAUGUAGCAUUAAAAACAACUUUAAGUUCUUCCUAUUGUACAGUUAAAAGAGCUAAAAAAUUUGUUUUUAUUACCUCAAUAUUAGCUAUUUUCUAUAAUAUUCCACAUUUUUUUGAAUUGAGGGCUAUUAAAUGUGUGGAAGAGAGAGAGGGAAUAAUGCAAAAAAGUCUUCAAAUAUGCCCUACAGAAUUUAGGUUAAUUAAACAAAAUUUUUGA